AUGGAUGAUGUCGACGUUGCUAUCCAUCUUGAACCGUUGGUCGACGCACUCACGGACAUCAAAGAUCAGCUUAACAUGUUCACCGCACCAUUCAACGUAAGAAUCGAUGCAAUUGCUGACCUGCUUAACCGCCAGUCCGAAAUGGUGUACAACAAACUUGACGCUUUGCAUGAGAGACCAAGACUAAGAUCCAGCUGCGUUUUCUGCACAUUCGAGGACAACAAAGACCAUCGCCCGACAGGAUGGUGCUACCGAUUCGUGGAUCCCGUGUCACGCGCCGUUCAAGCGUCCAACCUUCGUCCUUUAACAGGUGCCUCCAAGCCCGUCACCAAAACUGCGGGAUUUCGUGCUCCUUCUGCAACGGAAGUCACAAUGUCCUUCUCUGCCCAACCGAAGCCUCCUAUUCAUCAGCAUCCUAUUAGCGGCGUAAACUCUAAGUCUCUGCCGCGGCCUCUGUUUGCGCUUACAAUCAGUGCUUGUUUCCUGGUCUUCAUCCCUUCCCACCUUUUCUUCCCCCCAUCGUCGUAA